GCGGGCAUGCGGACAUCAAAAACGGAGCAAUUUCCUUUGUCAUUCCAACAGUCCAAGCACUCAUGCAGUUUUAUUUAGUUUAGUUAGGAGACCGUAGUGUUUCUAGUAUUUAAACGCCACGUUAAUGUAAACAAUGUUUGGAGAAAGGUCGUUUGAACUGGUAAAAGAUGUAGAACGUCAAAUGACUGGUUGUGUUACUGGUGUUCCAACAUAUGAUGAGAACGGGGUCCGUCAAGUAUUGGACGAGAUGCAGUUGCUAUUUGAUCAAAACCAGAAAGAUUAUAAUCGAAUCGGACAGAAAGUAAAUCAGAACGAUGUGACUGAAAAUCUGGACGUUACGAUGAACUCUAGCACCUCGACCGGAGCGCAAGGUGAGGCAGCCGGUGUCUACUUGCGCCAUACUGCUCUUGAGAGGAAUAAAGACUGUCUACUCGCCUAUAUGUCAACCCGAUUGGAAAGAAUUAGAGAUUUGAGAUGGAUUAAGGGCAGUGUUUUACCCGAAGCUGAUCAAAAUAAUAUGACAGAACAAGAACUGCAGUACUUUACGGAUUACAACAAAAUUUUGGCCAAUUAUAUGCGUGAUAUCGGAGUAGACGGAGAUUUUGACGGCUUGGAUUUAACCGAACAUAUGGAACCUCCUAAAUCUCAUAUGGUUUAUUUCAAGGUCCUCAAGGAGUACGGAGAAUUUGAGCCCGAGGAUGGAAAGAUAAUUGUUUUAAGAAAAAAUUGUGUCCACCAUUUACCAAAAUAUCAAUGUGAAACUUUAAUUAGACAAGGUGUAAUAGAAAUUCUAACAGAGUAGAUAAGUUUAGCCUAUAGGUAUGUAUCUUAGAUAUAUGUAACUGCUCAUGUACCAAACGUACAUUUUUAACCUGUCCAAGAUAAUUUUCAUAUCAUGAAUCCGAUUCAUUAUUUCACGUUUUUUAAUGCCGUAAAGUGUCAGAAUCGUAUUUAAUGCAUUCAGUAAGCUAGAAUACAACAAUUUUAUUUAAAAAAUUAAACUUUAAAAAUUAUAAUGACUCGCAUCUUUAAAAUCACAAUUCAGCAGAUUUCUGGUCAUAGGAACUCUUGAUUGUAAUUUCUUAGAUUCCUUGAAACUGAAAUAUAUAUAUUAUGUGCAUUAUGUUCUAUUUUCUUGUUUCCCUGCUGCAAGUCUUAACUGAUGACACGAGGUCAUUGAUUCCGAGAUUGUUAAAGUCUGCCACUGGAUGCCUGACUUUUACGCAUGGCCCUCGACAAUAAACGUGCUCACAUACUUCGAUACAGUGGCCUUCGACGUUUACUGAUGAGAAGUGAUCAUUUUGUUGUCCGUUGAGAUUGGCGCAUUGGUCACUGAGAAUAUACGUAGAUCUUAGACCUACAUAUGCAUAAUGGAUUGAAAUAAAUAAAUAAUUAAACAAAUC